AUGACUCCUACGCGACAUAACGUAAAUGAUACCAAAACAGUUUUGAAUUCCAAAGAAGAAGACCUGUUUUACUUGUUCAAAAAUCCCAAAACAUCAGAAGGUUAUAGAAAAAGGGUAGAAAUUGAAUCCGUGGAUGCACUAAUUCGAAAAUUUUUGAGUGGAGAAGAUGUUUUUUUGAAUUACAUCCCUUGUGAAUUGGAUUGUAAGAAUGAGGAAAAUCAAGAGGAAGGGACUAAGGGGGAAAACAAUGCAGACAAUCCAAAAGGGGAAAACCAAGGGGACAAUCCAAAUGGGGAAAACCAAGCGGACAAUCCAAAAGGGGAAAACCAAGGGGACAAUCCAAAUGGGGAAAAUCAAGCGGACAAUCCAAAUGGAGAAAAUCAAGCGGACAAAAAGAAAGAAAACAUCGGUUCUCCAAAGGAGGAAGGACCAUACCCCAUCCGCAUAAACGAGAAAUACAACGACAUUCUAUUUUUGUCAAGGAAAGAAACAAGCAAAGAUCGUUUUCAUUUGAAAAAAAUUCAAAAGGUAUGUAAUAAAGUGUACAAUAGCUUAAAAUUUUACAAGGUAGAAAAUCAUGACAUGUAUAAAUUUAGACCAAGGGAUGUAGAUACGGAUAUUAUAAAAAUAAAACAUGAUUUAGAAGUUCUUGAGUACAAAGAUUACACAAUUUGUAAAGACAAAGAUGUCGAAAAAACAGCCUUACGAAUGGUUCAAGAAAAAUGUAAACGAAUUGUCCAAGGAUUAAAUUUUAACUGCGAUUCAGUAAAUAUAGGAGAAAUUAUUGAUAUUUUGAACGUUAUUACUACACCAGAAUUUGAUGAAAGGCUAGAUAAAUCCAAGUAUUUGAAAUUAUUUAUAAAUAAAUAUCAUUAUGUGUAUCCAUAUGAAGACAUUGGUAAGUUGAGAAAAAUUCGAAAAUAUAUUAGAACCAAGUAUAUGCAAAAAGGGGAUUUCUACAUUGAUGAAAAUGACAUUUCUCAAAUGUAUUUAAAAACAAAUUUGGACAAAAUUGUCAAAAAUGAGGAUUUUAUAAAUAAUAUGCUAAAUCUGCACAUUGACAAUGGAAAGUUUUGGGUUCAACUCGUUCAUAAUAUAUGGAUUCCUCUCGCUAUAGAAAUAUUCAACACCACUCACAAAUCGUUUUAUUCAUAUUUAAUGAAUUAUAAUAAUGACACUUCGGUGCUUGAUCAGUACGUCUAUUCACGUUCUAACGGAAAGUUCUAUAAAUUUUCUCACUAUAUUUUUACAGGUGCUAUGUUUAGCGGAGUUCCAAGUAUCUACAGACUCCUUAUGAGAUUGCAUGCAUACAAAUACAGUGAAGUGAGAAUCAAUAUGACUCUGGAAAAAAACGCCGAUAAUAUUUACAACGACGUAGUUAUAUCGAGCUUAAAUUACCACAUUGAUGUUAUUAGAUACUUGUUUCCCUUUUUUAAGGAGUAUAAAAAUAUAGACAUGGAAAAAAUGGUAGAGAAUUUUUUUGAAUCCAAUUUUUUUAACCUAAUUAUGAAUUCGUUAAAAAAGAAAAAUAUUGAAAAAAUUACGGUGAAUCAAAAGUACUUAACUUUUAUCAACUCCUUUUUCCUAAUGAUAACAGAAUUUUUAUAUGGAAUAUCAAAUAAAAAUUGUCUUGAAAAAAUAAACAGAAAUGAAAUAAAAUUGUUAGACAUAUUAAAUGGAAUAUUUUAUAAGGAUAUGAAUAUACUCAUAGGUCGAGAUGUUUUGUUAUUCGUAGCUGAUUUGUUGUGUUUAUACAAAUUAAGUUCUAUAUAUAUAAAAAAAAUAUAUUGUGAACAUAUUUUAAAUAUGACAAAUAUUAUUAAAAAUUCUUAUUACAAUAAAAGUUCAUUAACAAAUGAAAAUACGUGGAGACAGGUAUACGUGAUAGCUGUUAAAAUUCAUCAUUUUGUUAAAUGUGCCUUACAAAGAAAACAAACAGUAAGUGAUAACAUCAUGCUGCAAGAGUUAACACUAGUAAAUAGAUAUUAUUUUAAUGGUUUGAAACAAGAGAAUUCUAUAGGAGAGUUUUACUUUCUGAAAAAUAUAAACUAUGGAAUUUAUUGUUGGAAUCCAGUAUGUAAUAAAUACACCAAUGUUCAUCAUUUUGAGUAUAAUAAAAAUAGUUUUGAAUAUUGUCAGGGUUGUUAUAUUGCUACCUACUGUUCAGAACGCUGUAAGUUGAUUCAUUUGAUUUCUUCUCAUCAUAAUGUUUGUGUUUAUUUUAAGACCAUUCCAUCAUUUCUUAAAUAUAACGAUCUUAAUGAAGAUUUCGCUUGCAAAAAAAUGAAAUACUUAAAUAUAUUUCAGCAUAUUGACACAUUUGAUAGGGAAAAUGAGAAAUACAAUGUUAUCUAUUAG